AUGAACAAAGUCUUUGAGCAGCAAAUAGGCAGAAACGUCGAGGUCUACGUCGACGACAUGGUCGUCAAAACAAAGGUCGGCCACCCACACAUAGAAGACCUCGAUGAGAUAUUUACGCAAGUCAGAAAAUACAACAUGAGGUUAAAUCCUGAAAAAUGCGCCUUCGGUGUUCAAGGAGGAAAAUUCCUCGGAUUCAUCUUGACAAGCCGAGGAAUAGAGGCUAACCCAGAAAAAUGCCAAGCUAUUCUCGACAUGCACAGUCCUAAGACAAUUAAAGAAGUUCAACGACUGACAGGCCGUUUAGCUGCGUUAUCAAGAUUCCUACCAUGCCUAGCAGCUAAAUCCUUUAACUUUUUUCAGUGUUUAAAGAAAACGACAAGGCACUUUUCUUGGAAUGAAGAAUGUGAAGAGGCAUUCAUGGGCUUAAAACAGUUCCUGUCUAAACCACCUGUUCUGCAGAAACCAAAGCUCGGUGAACCACUAUAUUUAUAUUUAUCUGUGACUGAUGUGACCAUUAGUUCUGUUAUUAUUACAGAGAAUAACAAGGAUCAACAGCCGGUCUAUUUCGUGAGCAAGUCGCUGCAAAAUGCCGAGCUACGCUACCCAAUACUCGAGAAGCUCGUCCUAGCACUAAUCUUCUCGGCGAGGCGCCUCCGACCUUAUUUUCAGAGCCAUACAAUCAUCGUUCGAACAGCACACCCACUUCGGCAAAUACUCUCGAAGCCUGAGUUAGCAGGACGACUAAUUAAGUGGUCCAUAGAGCUGUCAGAAUUUGACAUUCACUAUCAACCUAGAGGGUCUGUUAAAUCACAAUGUUUAGCAGAUUUCGUUGCCGAACUUUCAUGCCCAAACUCCGACGAUAAAGGUCACCCCUGGACCUUAUUCGUGGACGGUGCUUCAAACCCUCAGGGGUCAGGUGCAGGAAUACUACUUGAAAGCUCAGACGGCAUAGUAAUCGAGCAUUCUCUCAGAUUCUCCUUCAAAGCAAGCAACAAUCAAGCUGAGUAUGAAGCCCUCAUUGCUGGGCUCAGGUUAGCUAUUGAUUUACAUGUUAAUAUUCUGAAAGUUUACUGCGAUUCUUUAUUAGUCGUCCAGCAAGUAAAUCAUAGUUUUCAGACAAAAGAUCAGAUCCUAUUAAAAUACCUAGACAUCGUCCGGAAGCUAUUAAAUGAUUUUUCAAAUAUUGAGGUUAUCCAUAUACCAAGAGAACAAAACCAUAGAGCAGAUACUUUAUCAAAACUAGCCACUACACAAACACAAACUACAACACUUUUGCAGUCAACUUUAAGUAGGCCAAGCAUCGAUAUACUCAAUAUCCUAAGCAUGAUCAAUGAAGGGAGUUGGCAACAACCCUAUAUACAAUAUCUCCGUAGUGGCUCUAUUCCAGAACAAAUCAAAGAUAAAAUUAAAUUCAGGCGACAAGCCUCCUUCUUUACAUUAAUGAAUAACAUUCUGUAUAGGCGAGGCUAUUCUCGACCUCUGUUAAAAUGUUUGGACAGGACAGAAGCCGAUCUUAUUUUGUCAGAAGCCCACGAGGGCAUUUGUGGAAUACAUUGUGGAGCUCGGAGCUUAGCACAGAAGGUACUCCGGGCAGGUUUUUACUGGCCGACGAUAUGGGACGAUAGUAGGCAAAAGGUCAGAACCUGUGACAAAUGUCAGAAGCACUCGCCGAUGAUUAAUGUGCCUGCCGAGCAACUUCAUCAAUCAGAAGUGAGCUGGCCAUUCAAUAGAUGGGGAAUUGAUAUUCUCGGGCCAUUCCCCACUGCCCCAAGACAAAUGAAAUAUUUGGUAGUCGCAAUAGACUAUUUCUCCAAAUGGAUUGAAGCACAUCCUUUGGCGGUCCAGAAAUAUUUUCACGACAUUCUCUUUCCACCUUCAAAUCAGUUUCAACCUCAGAAAGUUUUUUCUUCAACUCAGUCAGGCUCGACUCUUUUGACAAUAACUGCUCUUUCAAUUCAGUGA